CAUUGGCUGUCUUGUGAACCUUUCACCUUUUACCCGGCUUUCGCCGCCAAUCGCCUGGCUUCUUUCAUAGCGUGGGGAUGUGGAGCGUGUGAGCUGCGCAGGGUUACCUAGGGUGAAACAAAAUUACAGGCUUGGAGACUCUGGAAAAGCUCAGCAUCAGCAUUUGAGAGCCGAAGCUUGCAAAUUAUGUGAUUAAUCUACAAGCUGAUACCAUGAUGUCAAAAUGCAGUUCGGGAAGCAUAAACACAGAGACUGCGGAAAUUAAAACGUAGGCUGUGCUGGAACAAAAAUGCAAUGAAAGAAACACUGGAUGAAUGAAUGAAAAGCCCUGCUUUGCAAUCCCUCAGCAUGGCGGGACUGCAGCUCAUGACCCCUGCUUCCUCCCCAAUGGGUCCAUUUUUUGGACUACCAUGGCAACAAGAAGCAAUUCAUGAUAACAUUUACACACCAAGAAAAUAUCAGGUUGAACUGCUUGAAGCAGCUUUGGAUCAUAAUACAAUAGUCUGCUUAAACACUGGCUCAGGGAAGACUUUUAUUGCAGUACUACUCACUAAAGAGCUGUCCUAUCAGAUCAGGGGAGAUUUCAACAAAAAUGGAAAAAGAACUGUGUUCUUGGUCAACUCAGCAAAUCAAGUUGUUCAACAAGUGUCAGCUGUCAGGACACAUUCAGAUCUUAAAGUGGGAGAGUAUUCAAGUUUAGAGAUAACUGAAUCAUGGACAAAAGAGAAGUGGAGUCAGGAAUUCUCUAAGCAUCAGGUUCUGGUUAUGACAUGUCAUGUUGCUUUGACUGUUUUGAGAAAUGAGUAUUUAUCCCUCUCAAAUAUUAAUCUUCUGGUGUUUGAUGAGUGCCAUCUUGCAAUCCAGGAUCACCCAUACCGUGAAAUUAUGAAGAUCUGUGAGGAUUAUCCAUCAUGUCCUCGAAUCUUGGGAUUAACAGCUUCCAUUUUAAAUGGGAAAUGUGAUCCUGCCGAGUUAGAGGAGAAGAUCCAGAAGCUGGAGAAAAUUUUAAAGAGCAAUGCUGAAACUGCAACUGACUUGGUGGUCUUAGACAGAUAUACUUCUCAGCCAUGUGAGAUUGUUGUAGACUGUGGACCAUAUACUGACAAAAGUGGGUUGUAUGGAAGAUUAUUAAAGGAAUUGGAUGAAGCGCUUACUUUUCUAAAUGACUGCAACAUAUCUGUACAUUCAAAAGAAAGAGAUUCCACCUUAAUUUCUAAGCAGAUACUGUCAGACUGUCGAGCUGUGUUGGUUGUUCUGGGACCCUGGUGUGCAGAUAAGGUAGCUGGGAUGAUGGUGAGAGAGCUACAGAAGUAUAUCAAACAUGAACAAGAGGAGCUGCACAGGAAAUUUUUAUUGUUUACAGACACUUUCCUAAGGAAAAUACAUGCACUCUGUGAAGAGCACUUCUCGCCUGCCUCACUUGAUCUGAAAUUUGUAACCCCAAAAGUAAUAAAGCUGCUUGAAAUCUUGCGCAAAUAUAAACCAUAUGAACGGCAGCAGUUUGAAAGUGUUGAAUGGUAUAACAAUAGGAAUCAGGAUAACUACGUAUCUUGGAGUGAUUCUGAAGAUGAUGAGGAGGAUGAAGAAAUUGAGGAGAAAGAGAAGCCAGAGACUAAUUUCCCAUCUCCCUUUACUAAUAUUUUAUGUGGAAUUAUUUUUGUGGAAAGAAGAUACACAGCAGUUGUUCUAAAUAGGUUGAUAAAAGAAGCUGGCAAGCAAGAUCCAGAACUGGCUUACAUCAGUAGCAAUUUUAUAACUGGACAUGGCAUUGGCAAGAACCAGCCUCGUAACAAGCAGAUGGAAGUAGAAUUCAGAAAACAGGAAGAGGUUCUUAGAAAAUUUCGAGCACAUGAGACGAACUUACUUAUUGCUACUAGUAUUGUAGAAGAGGGUGUUGAUAUACCAAAAUGCAACUUGGUGGUGCGUUUUGAUUUGCCCACAGAAUACCGUUCCUAUGUGCAGUCAAAAGGAAGAGCUAGAGCACCAAUUUCCAAUUACAUUAUGUUAGCAGAUACAGACAAAAUCAAAAGUUUUGAAGAAGAUCUUAAGACAUACAAAGCAAUUGAGAAGAUCCUCAGAAAUAAAUGCUCAAAAUCUGUUGAUACCAAUGAAACUGAAACUGAACCCAUUGUUGAUGAUGAUGAUGUAUUUCCACCCUAUGUGUUGAGGCCAGAUGAGAACAGUCCAAGAGUUACUAUUAAUACUGCUAUUGGACACAUAAAUAGGUACUGCGCUAGAUUGCCGAGUGAUCCAUUUACGCACCUAGCUCCCAAGUGUAAAACCCGAGAACUACCUGAUCAUACGUUUUACUCUACUCUCUACCUGCCAAUCAACUCACCUCUUCGAGCUUCAAUUGUUGGUCCUCCAAUGAGUUGUGCAAGACUGGCUGAGAGAGUUGUAGCUCUUAUUUGCUGUGAAAAACUGCACAAAAUUGGUGAACUGGAUGAUCAUUUGAUGCCAGUUGGUAAAGAAACGGUUAAAUAUGAGGAGGAGCUUGAUUUACAUGAUGAAGAAGAAACCAGUGUUCCAGGAAGGCCAGGCUCUACAAAACGAAGACAGUGCUAUCCUAAAGCUAUUCCAGAAUGUUUGAGGGAUAGUUAUCCCAAACCUGAUCAGCCCUGUUACCUGUAUGUAAUAGGAAUGGUGUUAACGACUCCUCUACCUGAUGAGCUCAACUUCAGGAGACGAAAGUUAUAUCCUCCUGAGGAUACGACAAGAUGUUUUGGCAUAUUGACAGCCAAACCUAUACCUCAGAUUCCUCACUUUCCUGUGUAUACUCGCUCUGGAGAGGUUACAAUAUCUAUUGAGCUUAAGAAAUCUGGUUUUACUCUGUCUCUGCAAAUGCUUGAGCUGAUAACACGACUCCACCAGUACAUUUUUUCACAUAUUCUUCGUCUUGAGAAACCUGCACUAGAGUUCAAACCCACAGAAGCUGAUUCAGCCUAUUGUGUUCUACCUCUUAAUGUUGUUGAUGACUCCAGCACUUUGGACAUUGACUUUAAGUUUAUGGAAGACAUUGAGAAAUCUGAGGCUCGUACAGGCAUUCCUAGUACACAAUAUACAAAAGAAAUGCCUUUUAUUUUCAAGUUAGAAGAUUACCAGGAUGCAGUUAUCAUUCCACGGUAUCGAAAUUUUGAUCAGCCUCAUCGAUUCUAUGUAGCUGAUGUAUACACUGAUCUUACUCCACUCAGUAAAUUCCCUUCCCCUGAAUAUGAAACUUUUGCUGAAUAUUAUAAAACCAAGUAUAAUCUUGACCUUACCAAUCUCAACCAGCCACUGCUGGAUGUGGACCACACAUCUUCAAGACUUAAUCUUUUGACUCCUCGACAUUUGAAUCAGAAGGGGAAAGCACUUCCACUAAGCAGUGCUGAGAAGAGGAAAGCAAAGUGGGAAAGUUUGCAGAAUAAGCAGAUACUGGUUCCAGAGCUCUGUGCUAUACAUCCUAUUCCAGCGUCAUUGUGGAGAAAAGCAGUUUGCCUUCCCAGCAUACUUUAUCGCCUGCACUGCCUUUUGACAGCAGAGGAGCUAAGAGCUCAAACAGCCACUGAUGCUGGUGUAGGGGUUAAAUCACUUCCUGCAGAUUUCAGAUAUCCUAACUUGGACUUCGGAUGGAAAAAGUCUAUUGACAGCAAAUCCUUCAUCUCUAUUCCUAACUCCUCUUUAGUAGAGAAUGAAAAUUACUGUAAGCACAGCACAAUUGUAGUCCCUGAAAAUGCUGCACAUCAAGGUGCUAAUAGAACCUCUUCUGCAGAAAACCAUGACCAAAUGUCUGUGAGUUACAGAACAUUACUCAAUGAGUCACCCAGUAAACUCCAAAUUGAUGUCUCGGCAGAACUUGCAGCAAUUAAUGGUGUUUCUUAUAAUAAAAAUCUUGCCAAUGGCAAUUGUGAUUUAGUUAACAGAGACUUUUGCCAAGGAAAUCAGCUGAAUUACUGCAGGCAGGAAAUACCUGUACAACCAACUACCUCAUAUCCCAUUCAGAAUUUAUACAACAGUGAGAACCAGCCCAAGCCCAGCAAUGAAUGUACUCUACUGAGUAAUAAAUACCUUGAUGGAAAUGCUAACAGAUCUACCUCAGAUGGAUGCCCCAAAAUGGCAGUGACCACCAUUACUUCAAAAGCUAUUAAUCUUUCAAAAGACAGAGCAGAUUCUGAAAAGAACCCUUCCAGUGGGUACUCCUCAAAAACUCUCGGUCCUAAUCCUGGUCUCAUUCUUCAAGCUUUGACUCUUUCAAAUGCUAGUGAUGGAUUUAAUCUGGAGCGGCUAGAAAUGCUUGGUGAUUCAUUUUUAAAGCAUGCCAUCACUACAUACUUGUUUUGCACUUACCCUGAUGCUCAUGAGGGACGGCUGUCAUAUAUGAGAAGCAAAAAAGUCAGCAACUGCAACUUGUAUCGCCUUGGAAAAAAGAAAGGACUGCCUAGUCGCAUGGUGGUGUCGAUUUUUGAUCCCCCAGUCAAUUGGCUUCCUCCUGGUUACAUAGUAAACCAGGACAAGAGCAACACUGAUAAGUGGGAGAAAGAUGAAACGACAAAGGAGAACUUGUUGGCUAAUGGUAAACUUGAUGAUUAUGAUGAUGAUGAAGAGGAUGAAGACCUAAUGUGGAGGUUACCCAAGGAAGAAACAGACUUUGAAGAUGAUUUUCUGGAGUAUGAUCAGGAGCAUAUCAAAUUCAUUGAUAAUAUGCUAAUGGGAUCAGGGGCUUUUGUGAAGAAAAUUUCUCUCUCACACUUUUCAACCACUGAUUCAAACUAUGAAUGGAAAGCACCCAAAAAGUCAUCCCUGGGUAAUGUUCAGUUUUCAUCAGAUUUUGAUGAUUUUGACUAUAGCUCUUGGGAUGCUAUGUGCUACCUGGAUCCUAGCAAGGCUGUUGAAGAGGAUGAUUUUGUAGUGGGCUUCUGGAAUCCAUCAGAAGAAAACUGUGGUGUUGAUGCAGGAAAACAGUCUAUCUCAUAUGACUUGCAUACAGAGCAGUGUAUUGCUGACAAAAGCAUUGCCGACUGUGUGGAAGCCCUGUUGGGCUGCUAUCUGACCAGCUGUGGUGAAAGAGCUGCUCAGCUUUUCCUGUGUUCAUUGGGGCUGAAGGUGCUCCCUGUAAUUAAAAAGACUGAUUGGGAAGGCACUUUGUGUGCUACCAGAGAGAAUAGUAACAGUGAGCAGAAAAGUCUUUCACCAAACUCUGUUUCUGCUUCUGUAGCUAAUUCAGAGCCUUCUCUGUAUAAAGACCUGGAGUAUGGCUGUUUGAAGAUUCCACCGAGGUGUAUGUUUGAUCACCCAGAUGCUGAAAAAACCCUAAAUCACCUUAUUUCUGGUUUUGAAAACUUUGAGAAGAAAAUAAACUACAGUUUUAAGAACAAGGCUUAUCUUCUUCAGGCAUUUACUCAUGCCUCGUACCAUUAUAAUACCAUUACUGAUUGUUACCAGCGCUUAGAAUUCCUGGGAGAUGCAAUUUUGGACUACCUCAUAACCAAGCACCUUUAUGAAGACCCACGGCAACACUCUCCAGGAGUUCUUACUGACCUACGAUCUGCUUUAGUCAAUAAUACCAUUUUUGCAUCAUUAGCUGUAAAGUAUGACUACCACAAGUACUUCAAAGCUGUCUCUCCUGAACUGUUUCAUGUUAUUGAUGAUUUUGUGCAGUUUCAAAUGGAAAAGAAUGAAAUGCAAGGAAUGGAUUCUGAGCUCAGAAGAUCUGAAGAAGAUGAAGAAAAAGAGGAAGACAUUGAAGUACCAAAGGCCAUGGGGGAUAUAUUUGAGUCCCUUGCUGGUGCCAUUUAUAUGGAUAGUGGAAUGUCUUUGGAAAUGGUUUGGCAAGUGUACUAUCCAAUGAUGAGGCCAUUAAUAGAAAAAUUUUCUGCUAAUGUGCCCCGUUCCCCAGUGCGAGAGCUGCUGGAGAUGGAGCCAGAGACAGCCAAAUUUAGUCCUGCAGAAAGAACUUACGAUGGAAAGGUCAGAGUGACAGUGGAAGUUGUAGGAAAGGGAAAGUUUAAAGGUGUUGGCAGAAGCUACAGGAUUGCCAAAUCUGCAGCUGCGAGAAGAGCACUACGAAGCCUCAAAGCAAAUCAACCUCAGGUCCCAAACAGCUGAGACUCCUCUUAAAAAUAAAUAAAAUGGGGGAAAAAAACCACAUACAAAUAAAGCAAAUUUUUAAAAAUGUUGAUGUUGAGAGGAACAAAUUGGAAGACAGAACUUAAAGUUUGUUUGAUAACAGAAUAGAUAACAAAACAUUUAACAUGUAUAAAAUUUUGGAACUAAUUGUAGUUAUAGUUUUUUGCGCAAACACAAUCUUGUCUUCUUUCCUCACUUCUGCUUUGUUUAAUCACAAGAGUGCUUUAAUGAUGACAUUUAGCAAGUGUUCAGAAUAAUUGUUGUCAGGUCUUUUUGGUUUACUUUUAUUGUCAGUACAGCUUUGCUUAGUGUUAGAAGGCCAGGGAGCUUAUGCCUAAUGCAGUUGCUAGAUUUAUAUAUAGUAAUCUUGAAACUCUUCAAUCUGUGCACUAGUGCCAGUCAUAAAACAGUUGAUAAACUGUGCUGGAUGAUUGGGUAUAAGAAAGAAUAAGUGUGCCAGUAUUCUCCUUUUUUUCUUUUUUUUUUCUCCCCCCCCCCAUGUCAUCUUUUUACGUUAAGGUGGCAUUCCCAAUCAUUAUUGCACUUAUUUGUUAGGGACAGGUUUUAAUUGAAAUGGCUGGCAUACUGGUAGAAUGAAACUUCAGUUUCCUUAUGCCACACAGUCUUGCAUAAAAAAAGGUUCUUGCCUUAAAAAUAAAUAAACCCUCAUUAAUAAUCUUUAAUUUCUGAUCUUUUUUGGAACAAACUGUUUUACAUUCCCUUCAUUUUGUUACGCAUUUUACAAUGAUACAGCUCUAUAUUUACAGUACAACUCAUUACUAUAGCUGUGACUUAUAACAGGAUUAUAAUAGAAAUUGUAUUCAUAUAUAUGUAAUUAGGUUAUUUUUAACAAUUCUGAGGAGGUGGUUAGUCUACAGUUUUUUUUUAUACCAUAAACAAAAUAUGGUCUUUGGCUAAAAUUCCAAUUUUACACAAACCUGCAAGCUAGAUAGUUCCAAUACUGGAAACAGUAAUCAAUAAUUGCACAGUGCAAACUGUCACUCUAACAAAAUAACCUUAGACAUAUCACACCUAAAAUAUGCUGCAGAUUUUAUAGUCAAUUGGUUACGUAUUUAACAAACAGAGCACCUUUACACUUAGAGAUAUUUCCACGUAAAUUUCUUACUGUACUUUUCAGAGUUGCAUGCAUAUUUCACCUACCAAAGCUGUGCUGUUAAAUAACAUGAAAGUUGAUGUUUGAGAUAUAACUGCCGUACUUUUGAUACAUCUGUGAUUUAGGUCCUUAAUUUAGAGAAACUAGCUCAUUGGUGUUUUGGUCUACUGGGGGUGGGGGGGAAUCAUACUUUUAUUUUUUAGGCUUUGCCUAUACUUCUUUAAUUAGAUUUUCGUAGGCACUCUUCACUUAAAUACCUCAGUUCUUUUUUUCUUUUCUUUUCCUUCUUUUUUUGCAUGCAUUGUUUUUUUCUGUUUUGGUGCUAUGUUUAUAUAUUAUGCUUGAAAUUUUAAUUUUUUGCACUGUAACUAUAAUACCUCUUAAUUUACCUUUUAAAAAAGCUGUGGGUCUCGUAUUCCCACCAAUAUCAGUAGAGGUUUGCUGCAAUUUUGCCCUGUUAAUUAUGCUUGAAGUUUGAGAAAGCAGAGCAAGGUGUUUUAACGUUUUCCAGCACAAUAGUUUGAACUUGAUGCUGUGUCUUACGUAUUAAAUUACAAAUAAAUACUGUAUUUCCUGCUUUUAAACCCUAUUCCUUUCCUCACAAAUGCACACUAAAACAAAACAAAAACUGUCAGCUCUUGCUUUCUUAACAAAAAAAUAAAAUAAAUGCCUUAGUGACAAGGGGUAGACAUUAAGCUUUUCUGAAAUACAGUUUUCAAAAGUUCAUAUAUUUUCUAUCUCUAUCAUUUUUCAUUCUGCAAAAAGGACCAUUCUUUUAUUUGAAAGCAGCAUUGUUACAGCAGUCAGACCGAGAAUUAAAAUACUAGCUUACAAAAAAUUUUAGCAUUUGUUUGGUACUUCAGUCAUGAAAAUAUAACAGGGAAGUAUAAGACCUGCAAGUCUUGAUGUGUAUAAAACAAAUGUAAAUGAGAUGGAACAUAAAAACAUGCAGUCUAAAUUUUCAAAGGUAAAUUGCUUUGAGUUAGCUGUUU